AUGUCUUACAAUCACCAGCCCCAGCUGUCUAUUAACUCGGUUCAAUCACUCUUGGAGCCUGUUACCCCUCCACCCUUGGGCCAGAUGAAUAACAAAAGAAAUCAUCAGAAAGCUCAUUCGCUUGAUCUCUCCGGUUUCAAUCAGUUUAUAUCAUCUACCCAAUCUCCCUUGGGCUUGAUGAAUAAUAACYCUUCAACGUCAAAUUCUACCAACGCAUUCUCUCCAAACCCUAAUACCGCUAGUAAUGCCGCUGGUCUCUCAUCUGCCAUGCCAAAUCCGCCUGCAAUCCUWCCAUUGAUUAACGAAUUUGAUCUGGAUAUGGAUGGAUCCAAAAGAAAGUUGAGCAAUGAUUUCGCUGGAACAGCCGCUACCAACACUUCAAACCUAACUAUGGAAACACCAUCCUCUUCAGUAACUCCUGCAGCAUCUCUAAGAAAUUAUAGCAACAAUAACACUGCUUCUAAAUCUGGAGGGGAUAAUUCAUCGUUUGGUUUGAGCAGUUCUACGUCCUCGUCAAUGGUCGAAAUUAGUGGACUGCCCCUCAGAGAUCUGGAUUAUAUCAAACUUGCCACCGAUCAAUUUGGUUGUCGCUUCUUACAAAAAAAACUGGAAACCCCCAGUGAAUCUAACAUGGUGAGAGAUUUAAUGUACGAACAAAUCAAACCUUUUUUCUUGGAUCUUAUCCUAGACCCAUUCGGCAAUUACCUAGUUCAAAAACUAUGUGAUUAUUUAACUUCUGAACAAAAGACACUUUUAAUACAGACCAUUUAUCCGAACGUUUUCCAAAUCUCUAUUAACCAGUACGGAACUCGUUCAUUACAGAAAAUUAUAGACACUGUCGAUAAUGAAGUUCAAAUCGAUCUUAUUAUCAAAGGAUUUUCUCAAGAAUUCACUUCUAUUGAACAAGUGGUCACUUUAAUAAACGAUUUGAAUGGUAACCAUGUGAUUCAAAAAUGUAUUUUUAAAUUUUCACCAUCAAAAUUCGGUUUUAUUAUUGACGCCAUUGUGGAACAAAAUAACAUUAUCACCAUUUCGACUCAUAAACAUGGUUGUUGCGUACUACAAAAAUUGCUAAGUGUUUGCACUUUGCAACAAAUUUUCAAGAUUUCCGUGAAAAUCGUGCAAUUCUUACCGGGAUUAAUCAAUGAUCAAUUUGGCAACUACAUCAUUCAAUUCUUAUUAGAUAUCAAAGAAUUAGAUUUUUAUUUAUUGGCUGAAUUGUUCAACCGUUUAUCCAACGAACUGUGUCAAUUAUCAUGUUUAAAAUUCUCUUCGAAUGUUGUAGAAAAAUUUAUCAAGAAACUAUUCAGGAUCAUUACUGGCUCAAUUGUUAAUAGCAAUCGGGGAAGCUCACAAAAGGCACCAGGAGCUUCUGAUGACGUCAUCAAUGCUUCCAUGAAUAUACUUUUGACCACUAUUGAUAUCUUCACCGUCAAUUUAAACGUUUUGAUAAGAGACAAUUUCGGUAACUAUGCACUACAAACACUUUUGGACGUUAAGAACUAUUCGCCAUUGCUUUUUUACAACAAGAGUGGUAACUCAAAUGGACCAAAUAUGUCUAGUACAUUAAAUUAUGGUAAUUUUUGUACUGAUUUUUCAUUGAAAAUUGGCAACCUAAUUGUUCUCACCAAGGAAUUACUUCCAAGUAUCAAAACUACAUCUUAUGCGAAGAAAAUAAAGUUGAAAGUGAAAGCUUAUGCAGAAACUACAGGCAUACCGUUCACUGAUAUAUCUCCCCAAGCCAGCACAAUAAAUCACAACAAUUUCCAAACCAUAAACAACGAAAACAAGAACCCCAAUAGCAAAAAUAAUCAUCACAAUAAUCAUAAUACUAAUAAUCAAAAGAGUCAUACCCGCCAUUUCUCUUUACCAGCUAAUUCUUUUCAUAGAAGGAGUAACAGCUCUGUAACAAACAAUUUUUCAAAUCAAUAUACAUCAGAUCAAAAAAUUCAUCCGUCACAACAAGUUAUGAACUUCAACCAAAACGCAUACCCCCCUAUGGGAGCAUCAUCUUUCAACCCUCAAUCUAACCCGCCACUAGUUAGUCAUAAUUCAUUACAAAAUUUUGACAAUCGCCAAUUUGCAAAUUUGAUGGCACAACCAAAUCCGACUGUCCCAAUGCAUUCAUUCUCAUCAUCCAACAUUGCUAACUCCAAUGCUUCUGUUCAAGGGUUUGAACCAUCCGGAUUUACGAUGAAUGAUGUUUCAAAACCUACUGAGACAGACAAAAACAAUGCUAAUCAAUUCUUGCAGUAUUCUAAUGUCAAUAAUCAAAAAUUUAACGAAACAUUUGUGCCAAGAAUGCCAUACCAAUCUGAAACAGCAAACUGGGAUUCAAAUUUAUCGAUAAAGCCCCAGCACAUUGGCCAAGGGCCAUAUAAUGAAAAUAGUUUGAGUCGCAAUGCUAGUGUUUCCAAUAUGCCAACUAUGAAUACCAGUAGAAGACCAGACGAACUUCAAUUCACUUUACCAUGA